UUCUACAUCACUGCUUUCGAGCUAAAAGGACUCACUGUUAAAAGGACUCUUAGUGUCCACGAAAAAACGACUUUCGAUAUUAAUGUAACGUUAAGGGUGCCGUUUAAAGCCAUUAAUGGUGGUAUCUCAUCACAUCAGAAUAUCUUAUUGGUCGAAAGUUUAGAUCAUAUAUAA